AUGACUGGAGAUCUGGAGUCCUUCACCGACAUUGAUGAUCAAUACCGCUUUCAAGUCAAGUUGGGAGACGGGAAGAAGCUAAAAGUGGAAGGAACAUGCAUAGUUGUUGUAUGCACAGAAGAAGGUAACAAAACUCUCAUACGAGAUGUUUUGUAUGUUCCGGAGCUAACUCUCAAUCUACUUAGCGUGGGACAACUGAUGCUGAAAAAUUACAAGCUAUUGUUUGAUAAUGGCUAG